AUGAGUGAAGAAAUGGCCCGAUUGCAGCAUUGCAGCAUUCUCGUGCUAGACCAUGAAGGCAGUGACAAGCUGGUGCCCAAGUACGACCACAAGGUGACGGUCGUGUGCAGCUAUGAUCCACAGGGUAUGGCGGUACGGUUGCUGCAGGAGGGAACUGCCACGCCAGCGAAGCAGCUGGAAGAGUACCUGGUAAGUGGUGCAAGUACGACGCACCUUAGCCGAGGUCACACGUCACACAUGCUGCUCGUCGGUGGCGAACUGAUACUGUUCCGGUUCGCGUCGCGGAUCGAAUGCCAACAGUUUCGCGGGCUGCUGCACAAACUGUCCGGCAAGGUGAACUCAGUAUUUAACCUCCGGACGGAGGAUUCGUCCGCGUCACAGUAUUUCCAGUUCUAUGGCUACCUCUCGCAGCAGCAAAACAUGAUGCAAGACUUUGUGCGGACAAGCACGUAUCAGCGGGCCAUCUACAAUAAUGCGCAAGAUUUCCAAAAUAAAAUCGUCCUGGACGUUGGCGCUGGGUCUGGCAUUCUAUCUUUCUUUGCCGUCCAAGCCGGUGCCGCCAAGGUGUACGCGGUCGAGGCAAGCAAUAUGGCCCAGUACGCCCAGCAGCUCGUUAGCUCGAACAAUCUGACCGAUAAGAUAAUCGUGAUUGCGGGCAAGAUAGAAGAGAUCGAACUGCCCGAACAUGUGGACGUUAUCAUCUCCGAACCGAUGGGCUACAUGCUGUACAACGAGCGGAUGCUCGAAACGUAUCUGCACGGCAAAAAGUGGCUCAAACCGGACGGCAAGAUGUACCCGUCGAGGGGUGACCUGCACGUGGCACCAUUCACCGACGAAGCGCUGUACAUGGAGCAAUACAAUAAGGCCAACUUCUGGAUGCAGACCGAGUUCCACGGCGUGAAUCUGGUGGCGUUGCGCGAUGCCGCCAUGAAGGAAUACUUCCGGCAACCGAUCGUCGACACGUUCGACAUACGCAUCUGCAUGGCGAAAUCGAUCCGGCACACGACGAAUUUCCUAACGGCGGACGAAAAGGAUCUGCACCGGAUCCAGAUCGACGUCGAAUUUCACAUCCUCGAGACGGGCACGUGCCAUGGGUUGGCGUUCUGGUUCGAUGUUGAGUUUGCAGGCACGUGCUCACAGAUCUGGCUCUCGACCUCACCGACCGAGCCGUUGACGCACUGGUAUCAGGUACGGUGUCUUCUUCAGACGCCAAUUUUUGUGAAGCAAGGACAGGUCCUGUCGGGCAAGGUAGUGCUGGCGGCUAAUCAGCGCCAAAGCUAUGACGUGGAAAUUGACCUUAAGCUCGAGGGAACGAUGAUAAGUUCGUCGAAUACGCUCGAUUUGAAAAAUCCCUAUUUCCGGUAUACGGGCGCACCGGUGCCAGCACCGCCCGGUUCGAACACAACUUCGCCGAGUGAGGCGUUCUGGAGCCAGCUGGAUGCACAGGGAGCUCGUAACGCGGUGAACCUCGUGAACGGUAUUACGGUGAAUGGGCUAGGUGAGGUGGACAUGUCCUCGACGAUCAUUAACAGCAACUUGAUGGCAAUCGGUGCGAACGGUGGAGGCGGUAAUCAGCCCAAUAUUCAUCCGGGACUGAUUUCAAGCACUGGCAGGCAGCAGCAACAACAGCAACAACAGCAGCAGCAGCAACACCAGCAACAGCAACAACAAUCGACAACGGCUCAGCAACUAGCAAUGACGCCACCGAUCGGGUGUGCGGCCACCUCCACGCAGAACGUCGCACAGCACCAGCUGAUCGGUGGCGCCAUCUCACCAUCGCUGUUUACCUCGCCGGCUCAACCCAUCCUCAACAGCCACCAUCACCAUCCGGGGCAACCGAUUCACGGCAACCAGUUCUACUAGGUACGCGGGAGCGG